UUUGUUUCCUAGGCAGAGAGCGCCAAGACAGCGAGAGCCAAGAAAUGCUGCCUCAGGCAACAGUCGAUUUGCCGAGAGCCCAAAUCCCGUUUCUGAAAACUGAAGCUCACUUCACGACAUUUAAGGCUCAUCACCACAUCCAAUCCCACACGCAACCAUGCUGUCGCGACAGGCAUUGCUCCGCUCCGUGCGGGCCGCAGCUUCCCAGCGGGCUCUCGCCACCCAGACCCGAUCGUUCGCCUCGCCGGCGGCGUCCAACGCCAAGGUCCAGCCCCCAGUCGCUCUCUUCGGCCUCGACGGCACCUAUGCUACUGCUCUGUACACGGCAGCCGUCAAGACGUCGUCGCUCGAGCCCACGGCCAAGGCCCUCAGCAGCCUCGGCAGCCUGGUUGAGAAGGACGCCAAGCUCAUCACCAUUCUCGAUGCGCCCACCCUGUCCAUCGCCGACCGCAGCGCCAUCAUCGCCGAGCUCGAGAAGGCCACGGGCGCCGCCGGCCAGACCGUCAAGUCCUUCCUGACCACCCUCGCCGAGAACAACCGCCUCAGCCUCCUACCCGGCAUCUGCAGCAAGUUCAACGAGCUGAUGAGCGCCUCGCGCGGCGAGGUUGAGCUGACCGUCACCAGCGCCCAGCCGCUGGACGGCAAGACUCUGUCCCGUCUCGAGACCGCCGUCGCCAAGUCGGCGUAUGUCGGCCAGGGCAAGAAGCUCAAGGUCACCAACACUAUCAACCCCGACAUCAUCGGCGGCCUCGUCGUGGAGAUUGGCGACCGGACAAUCGACCUUAGCGUCUCGUCCAAGAUUGCCAAAAUGAACAAGCUCCUCCAAGACACCCUGUAAAAGAACAAACCUAGCUCUCUUAGUUCCCUUGCUUUUUUCAUUGUAUUGGAAGUGUGUUUUGCCGGGUAGAGGGUGAUGCGGAGGAGAGGUGGAGGGCGAGGAAACCUAUCUUAAGAUAAAAACGGAUCGCCUGCUGGCGUCGCGCUUUCGUGGGGGGCCCUGUGUAUAUGAUGAGCCUGCAAUAGAAGAAAGCCCGUUCUCCCUGCCAUGAUCUGUUCUUUCUCCUCGGGUUUAGUGCCUUUUACUUGCCGAUUUCCCAUUGUCAAUUUCUUCAGGCUUUCCGUCAUCAUUAUCAUCGCUUCGAAACCUUGUUUGGUACAACUAUCAAAGUCAACCAAGACACAAUUCACUCACGACAAGACCAUCGAGAAUGCCGCUAUUUCACGAAACGAAUCUUCCUACCUACUAUGAAUAAAUAAG